AUGGUAAUGCGUAAGGAUCUAGAGCCUCAAUACCUUGAGGUGGCCAAACAGCUCCUAAUUCAACAAAGAGAAGAAGUAUCAACAGGCAUAGUGUCUAAAUCUGCAUAUCCAUUAGCUUUUAACCAAUAG